AUGGAAAAGGAACGUUUUGUACUUAUCAUCAUACAUAUUUUCAUCACAAUUUUACUUAUCUAUAAUCUUCAUCCUCAUCCAUCAUCAAACACAGAAUCUUGUAAAACUGAACAGCAUGAUUCGGUCACGAUUGCAUACAUAAAUCAUUCGUUUUCGAUCGCUCUUUAUCAUUCAACAUGUAUAUUUGUUCUUUGGUAUAGUCAACAAUAUGGUGCUCGUAUCAUUCGUGUCACGGGUAUAUUAUUAAUUGGAGAAGUAUUUCAAGUUGUCACUGUGACUAUCCAACACGGCAUUCGAACACAUUCGGUCUCAGCCGAAGAAGUUUUUCUGGAUGUGGUUCAUGUGUGGACAUUUGCGGCCGCACUUUAUCUUACAUUUCGAUUAGCGAGGAAGAUUUCCAAACAAGAGAAAGAUCUACUGCAUUUACAAUUGCUCUCCACAUCAGUCAGUGACGACAUACUCGACGGCAGAGAACUUGCACUUGUUUGA